GAAAUGGCGGCAGUGGCUUUGUAUCUAUCUGAUAGCAGUAUCUCACCUAAACACUUCCCACGGCAUUAUUUUGAAGCAGCAUUAGAGAAUCAGUUGAAUUACUCUGGCAAAUACACGGGCAUAAUGCGAUGUGCUUUAAAUGCUGCCAAUAUAUUGGGCAACUUAUCGCUGAAAAGGGAAGCUGCGUCUUUACUUUCUACUGUUUCUACUCUGGACAAUGACAUGUGCGUAGCAGUGACACAAUCACUUGCGUCCCUGUAUUUUCAAGAAGCUAAAAUGACGAGAAAGGCAGCCUUCUAUCGAGUUCUUGCAGGAAAUCGGUUCAUGAAGGCAGGACUGAAGCAGAAUGCUUUAGAGUGUUAUCGGCUGGCACUGCAAAAAUACGUCAAUACAAGUUGGGACUCUGUCGAGGACCACCUCUCUGCAAUCCUUUCCACUGACACGUCCGACAAAAAUGUGGCACUUGAUUGCGCAAGUCGUCUUCUGAGACAAAGCGAUUCACAGAUAGAUGCCGGUCACGCAGCUUUCAUUGAUAAUUUUGUGGAGACAUUUACAAGGUUUAAGACUGGGGAAGAGGCAGAUCCUGUCCCUUUACCUGUUCCGCUAAUAGAUGUGCAGUCAGUGAGGGUUAUUUGUGGCGAACGCCCGCAGCCCGAUGAUGUUGCUGUCAGCAGUGCGGUCGCAUGGAUUGAUUUGGAGCGAGCAGCUUUUCACACAUUGGCUGGCUCUUCGUCAGCAUUUCGUCCCAUACAUCUUGUAAGCGAUAAUGAAACCGACAAUCAAAGGGCUCGAAGUGCCCCGCCAGAUGAAAGGUUUCGGGUUGAAUUUGCCCUUCGAAACCCAUUGAAAGCGUCGCUAACGGUUCAGAAUGUGAGACUUGGAAUGUCAGAUAUCCAUAUGAGAGAAGGAUUUGAAAAGGAACAACCAUUCACUGAGCGGGAAGUCAUUUCCUCUUUAACAUUGUUGCCCGAGGAGUCGAAAAAGAUCGCUCUUUGGGUGCGUCCAAGCUGUCAUCUUGCGAGUUUUCGAGUCGAAAGAGUAUUACUGCAAAUUACCAGUUCUCUUGGGAACCAUGUUUCUGGUUUCUUAUCCAUCAAACUGAAAGGAAAGCGUUUAAACAAGAAUGCGAAACAGGUAUAA